AUGACAUCCCCAAUGUUGUGUGCAUUGCCUAAGUUUUUAUGCCAAGGCCAGUGUCUUCGUUGGCGCGUUGCGGUCCGCUUCAACUCGUCUGCUAAGAGCCGAUGGCUAGAUCGUCAGAAAGGCGAUUCCUUCACACGGGAAGCUAAAGUGCAGGGUCUGAGGUCAAGGGCUGCUUUCAAGUUGAUGCACCUGGAUGAUAAGUAUCAUUUGUUUCGCAAGGGCUCCAGUCAAAAGGUCCUUGACUUGGGUUACGCCCCAGGAGCGUGGUCACAGGUAGCGCUUGAUAGAACAGGCCCUAACGGUGUCAUUCUAGGAGUCGAUAUCUUGCCAUGCGCCCCUCCCCGAGGUGUAAGCGCUAUUCAAGGGAACAUCCUUUCCAAAAAGACCCAUGAGCUUAUUAGACUCUUUUUCUCGAAGCACUUUCAACUUUACCAGGAGGACCAGUUGCACAAAGACAAUGGCUAUUUUCAGCACAUGCUCGAACAAGAGCUAGAAGGCCUUAUCCCGGAUGGCAGCAAAACAGGUUUGCAAAUUGACCGCUCAAAAGUUGAGAAAACACCUAUUGACGUUAUCGUCAGUGACAUGUAUGAACCUUGGCCUCAGACAACGGGCUUCUGGAACAACAUUACUAAUUCUGCAUAUGAUAGGAUGGCCAAUACCACCGGUGUUGCCAUAAAGGAUCACUAUAUGUCGAUGGAUCUUUGCGAUGCAGCAUUGGUCACAGCCAUCGAUUUGAUGAAACCUGGUGGCUCAUUUGUCUGCAAGCUUUACACUGGGAAGGAAGACAAACUCUUAGAGAGUCGCCUGAAGAAAGCCUUUGAAAAUGUACACAGGUUUAAACCAAGUGCCUCUAGAAACGAAUCUAAAGAAUUGUAUUUUAUCGGGCUAAAGAAAAAGCACAAAGUAGAUAAGUUGAAGGUGUUUUCGGAAUAA